AACACAAUGACUCAGUGUGCAACAUUAAAACAGGUUUAACAUUACAAUUAGUAAUUCUAAUCACUGUCCAAUACUCCAUUCACUCCACUUCUUUGCACCAUUUGUAUCCUGUUUACACCUCACAGAAAAGAUUUCACUCAGUCAUUCCUUGUGUAUAUUUCUAUAGAUCAUUGUGUUGUUAUUGUGUCCAAGUACAUCAAGGGCCAUUAAACCUGAGUCAAAUUCCUUGUAUGUAUGAACAUACUUAGCCUAUUAAGAUUCUGAAAUAUUCUUGGUUCAUAAAGUGGUUCCUGGGCAACAUAUCCUGGACAAACUUGUUUAGGGAGGCAGUAAUAUUCAGUCUAAUGUAUAGUGUCACAUCACUGCAAGUAUUUGAAUAGUUAGGCUGCAUAAAAACGUAGAUUCAGGGUGACUGAACUCCUGUCGACAGCGAUGUAACCUACACUAGCUUCCUCUUGCUAAGUUAGCCGCCUAGCUGACCCAAAAUUCCAACUUUGGACCAUAAUUUAAGAAAGCUAACUCUUGUUGGGCAAUGUGACAUGCUACUUCGCUUUCAUUAAAAGCCUGAAACCCGUUUUACCGACAGCCGGUGAUGUGCUAUGAAGCUGACACGUAAACUGGUUCUUGCUAAGGCUAAGGCCUCCGACUUGGAUAGCGUGAAGAAACUGAACUGCUGGGGAUGCAACCUGACUGAUAUUUCCAUCUUCUCUCAAAUGCCCAACAUCGAGGUGCUGACACUGAGUGUCAACAGCAUAUUGUCUCUCUCUCCUCUGGCUGGCUGCCUGUCUCUGUGUGAGCUCUACCUGAGAAGGAACAUGAUCCCUUCACUCUCUGAGCUCUCUCAUUUGCGUCCGUUGACGCGCCUCAGAGUUCUCUGGUUAGCUGAAAACCCUUGUUGUGGAACUGACUCCAGCCAGUAUCGCCUCACUGUGCUGCGCUGCCUGCCUCGCCUCCAGAAGCUAGACAACCAAGUAGUGACAGAGGAUGAGAUUGCAUUGGCUCUCAUGGAGGGUGAAGAGGUCACCACACCCCCAAGCACUGUCCAGAACCAGCCUUCUGCUAAUGGUCAUCCAGACGCAGAGACAGAGAAUGACCCGCUCAACUAUAACAUGGAGGAGACCAAUAAAAUCCGGGAAGAGUUGGGGAUGAAGCCCCUUUCCAGAGACAAGUUCCCCUCUCUUUCUUCUCCGUCAACCAGAGACACCAGACUAUCUAUGAGAAAGACACACACUCUUGAUGCAGUGCUGCUGCUGCUGAGGGAUUUGGAUGAAGAGGAGCUACAUGUUGUACACACAGCUACGCAGAACAGACUCCAGAAUUACACACUGGACUCUGGAGAAUCACUACACACACAGAAAACUGCUGACAUCCAACACUGAAACAUUUCAUAGCUUGCACUCAGGGCCAAACCUCACACUCCCCUCUUCCACCUUAAACUCACAGAACCACAACCUUCACACCCCCCUCCGAUUGCAAUACGCAUGUGAUUUGAUUUUUACUGAUCUUUUCAGUCCAGUUUUCACACAUAAAACUUGGCUUUUUUUUUUUUUUUUUUUUUUAGAGCCGCAUGCCUGCCUGCCUUGUAAGAACAAAAGAAUGUAUGUUUUGCUGAAUGCAAAUCUAUUUCUGUAAUUAAAUAAAAUUGCAAUACAUUAA